AAAAAUGGGCCGGUAAUUGGGGCCAUUGCCGCUUUUUCUCUUGAAGAAUUCAGUCAUCCCCUUUUUCUGAUAAACCCUAUUCCUAAAUCCCUUCUCCCAGCGCUCUCUUCUUCCCCAACACAUCACUUUUAUCAUUCAAUUUUCGUUCGGAAAAUCUAAAGUAUGUCGGAGUACUGCCGUCAGCGUGACUUCAUGUUCUGCGAAUUGUGCGGGACAAUGCUCUCCUUCAGCUCGCCCAAGUAUGCUCGAUGCCCAUUGUGUAAAUCCCAGAAGCGUCUCAAAGAUAUGAAGAGAAAAACGAUCCGCUAUACAGUCAGUGCUGAGGAUUUGAGGAGGGAGAUGGGAGUGUCUACCCUUGAGGAUGUAGAAGAGGAGAGGGAACUGAAACAAAUGGAUUACAAUGCAAAAUGCAAAGCAUGCCAGCACUUGGGCCUUGCUUACGUUGCUAGACAGAUUCGAUCAGCUGAUGAAGGACAGACGAUCUUCUAUUCUUGCCCUGUAUGCGCCCACAAACAGACUGAGAACUCGUAAAGGAGGCCCUCUCUUGUAUGUAUCAUAAUAGUAGUAGUUUUGGACAGACGAUGAUUUCCCAUUUUAUUUUGGGGUGAUGUAUUAGAUUUUGACAAUGUAACUGAUUGGGUAUGAGAAUUCAGAGGAUUAUAUUACAUUGUCAAA